AUGAAGUGCCAGAUGCCCCAUCUCGCCAUCCCGGCAAGCCUCCUGGUGCUGGUGGGCCGCGCGCUCGCCGCGGCCAGCGGAGACUUCAACGUCCUGACCAUGAACGUGGCAGGGCUGCCGGCCAUCUUCAACGGCAACGACGUCCCCGGAGACAAGACGACCAACUCGGAGUUGAUAGGGUCGUAUUUCGCGGAAUAUGGGUAUGACAUAAUCCACGUGCAAGAGGACUUCAACUACCAUGCGUACAUCUACGAGACGGACACGCACGCCUACCGCUCGGCAACGUCCGGUGGCGUGCCCCUCGGAUCGGGCCUCAACACGCUGGCCAACUUUGACUGGGUCGACUACACACGCGUCAAGUGGGAGACGUGCAGCGACGCGUCCGAAAAUGACUGCCUGACGCCCAAGGGCUUCACGUUUAUGCGGACGCAGCUCGACGACGGUGUUUAUAUCGACGCGUACAACCUGCACACAGAUGCCGGUACUGAGGAUGGCGACGAGACGGCGCGCACGGCCAACGUGCAGCAAGUGGCCGACUACAUCGACGCGUGGAGCAUCGGCAACGCCGUGCUCGUCUUCGGCGACACCAACUCGCGGUACACGCGCACGGCCGACAACAUCCGCGUGCUCAGCAGCCAGAACAACCUGACCGACAGCUGGGUCGAGCUGGUACACGGCGGCGCCAUCCCGGCCGAGGAGCUCCUCUGCGACAACCCGAGCACGACCAACGAGUGCGAGACGGUCGACAAGGUCUUCUACCGCGGCAGCGCGCUGCUCGACCUCAGCACGACCUACUGGAACUACGAAAGCUCCAAGUUCCUGCAGGCCAACGGUAGCAUCCUCACGGACCACAACCCCAUCACGGUCAAUUUCACCUGGACCGCCGGCGCCUCGCUGCGGCAGUCAACCUUCCUGGGCGGGCCGCACGGGACCUGGUUCAGCGACGUGCCGACGCUGGAGACGGUCUCGGCCUCGCCCAAGGCCAGCGUGCUCACCUUUGCCGGAGCCGAGCGACUCGACAGCGUGGGCGUGACGCUCGCGGACGGCACGGUGCUGUCGCACGGGGGCACGGGCGGCGACGUCGCGACUCUCGCGCUCGCGGACGACGAGUUCUGGACCGGCGCGGAGCUGUGCCAGGGCCAGUAUUCGGACCAGACGCGCAACUUCUACAUCCGCGCCACGACGAGCGCGGGCAGCGCGCUCGAGGCCGGCACGGCGACCGACGACUGCGCGACGUUCGCGGCGCCCGACGGCUGGGCUAUCGUGGGGUUCCUGGGCCAGGCGGGCGACGAGAUGGACCAGCUGGCGUUUGUGUAUGCGCCGCAGUAG